AGGUGACGUCACACGCCCGGGCAGCAUGGCGGAGCACAGCAUGGAAGUUGACAGACGGCCCGAGUCGGAGGAGUCUGCGGAUGAGGAGGCGACAGGAGGUGCCGCUUUGAGUCCGAAGCAGCAGCAGCAGCAGCAGCAUGGUCAGAAUGAGGUAGCAGUGGAUAUCACCACCAUAGAGCUCAACCCUGAUGAUGAGGAGGUGGACUUGAACCACUGUCGUAUUGGGAAGAUAGAGCGACUUGAAAUCCUGACGAAAGUUCAGGUGCUGUGCUUGCGACAAAACAUGAUAGCCCAGAUUGAUAACCUGGAGAGCUUGACGACCCUGCGGGAGCUCGACUUGUACGACAAUGUCCUCAAGAAGAUUGAGAAUCUUGACACGCUGGUGAACCUAGAGAUGCUUGACAUUUCGUUCAACGUGCUGCGCAAGAUCGAGGGCCUGGACACGUUGAGAAAAGUUCGCAAGCUCUUCCUCGUGAGCAACAAGAUCACCAAAAUCGAGAACCUGAACUCUCUGACUGAGCUGCGCAUGCUGGAGGUGGCAUCUAACCGCAUUCGGGUCAUUGAAAACAUUGAGACUCUAAAGAACUUGGAUUCGCUGUUCAUUGGGAAGAACAAAAUCACCAAACUGCAGAACCUUGACAGCCUCACCAACCUGACCGUGCUUAGUAUACAGAGUAACCGGAUCACCAAGAUAGAAGGCUUGAGCAGCCUUGUGAACUUGCAGGAGCUCUACCUGAGCCACAACGGCAUUGAGGUCAUCGAGGGCCUUGAGAACAAUAAAAAACUAACGACGUUGGACAUCGCCGCCAAUCGCGUGCGAAGGAUCGAGAAUGUGGGCCACCUGACAGAGCUGCAGGAGUUCUGGAUGAACGACAACCAGAUCUCCAACUGGAACGAUGUGGACGAGCUGAAGAACGCGCGGGGCCUACAGACCGUCUACCUGGAGCGCAACCCGCUGCAGCGCGACUCACAAUACCGCCGCAAGAUCAUGCUGGCACUGCCGUGGGUACGGCAGAUCGACGCCACCUACGUGCGCUUCUAGCGCAAGGCUGAGUGCCGGCGACGAUCUUUUUCUCGACACUGAAGAUUUGGGAAUUUAAAUUUUCCGUAGCUUUGUUAGAACAAAUAUUAUUUGGGUGCGUUUUGUUAGCUACAGUACAAUGUCGCAUAUCUGUUCUAGAUUUGAAGCUUUUGUGACUGCAAGGAUUCAUACUCUUAGGUUUUUUCGGUAAAGUCACGUAGGUAAAAAAAUAAAAAUAGA